ACAAAAAAAAAACCCCAAGCAUCCAAUCUUGACAUCGUGUGACUUUCAGCUCCAUCAUCACCAGCAACAUUGGACACAAUUCCCACAAUCAAACGGCCUCGUGCAUACCAUGUAUUGGUGAACCGAGUAAAACAAGAAAUCUGGCAAUCGAUACACGCUGAGCAAAAGCGCACAGCUUGACCACAUUGUUGAUCUUACCCCCUUUAUUCAGUUCAAAGGGUUCGGUUUUCUCAACGCGAACAUCAUACUGCACUUUUUCUUCAGCGGCCACACAGUGACAGAGAUGCCCUGCUUACGUCGAACGGACCAAGCUAGCCUACAGCACAAUCGCCCGUUCGUUUCCCUGCAGCUCGCCAUGUCUGACCGUUGCUAGUUAUUUCAGCUAGUUCACCCGCUAUUCUUAUAGUCCGUGCAAUCAUAAACCCAACCAGGAAGCGCCACUACCAGCAACAAUAGCGAGCUUUCCGCGGCCAGGGUCGCCGCUGUUUUGGCUCCCCAUGUAUCCUGACAUCAGGGUCGUUGUCGGUAGAUGCCAUGUGUGCUUGCUGUGCCUGUGCUAGUAGGUGCUAGCCCUGGUAGGGAGGCAACGCAACACACCAUGCCAUACACACCAAGAGACUAAAAUAGGAAGCACUCGCCUUGUCCCUUUUUGCCUCGACUCUUCAUUUGCCGCUUGAUCUGUUUCUCUCUUUCUCCACGCCAUCCUCGAUAACCUCAGAUCUCAUUCAUUUUGAAACAGCGGCCAGGUUUUCCGACCUCGACAUUCGUUUUGACCUAUCUAGCCUCUUUGGUUCCGUUUUUACCUCUCAUUCUCAUUUUGCUACCUCCUACAGUUACUGGAGAUAUCGUCUUUUUUUUUAAUCUUACUACACACUCUUUUGGUCACUUGUACGAGUAUACCAAGCGGUCGUCCGUUCAAAACAAGAAUAGUCAAAUCGUUGUUCUGAGACUUUUAUUUGUCGGCAGCGCCGUUUGCCCUUUCUCGACCGCUGUUGGCUCGGUUUUUUUGCCGUUCAGACCACACAAAGAAAACAAAGAGACGGAACAUUUCACGGGGGAAAAGAAUUCAGCCAUGGCCAGUUCGGUAUCAACCCCGGGCUCAGGACAAGGCGGUCUUCCUGCCCAUUAUUUUGACAGAGCAGGGAGUCUACAGCGCAUGUUGGAGCUGGAGACGCAAUUCAAGCUGGCUAGACUUGGCAUUGCCAGAGCAGAGAGCACCCCCGACUUGAGGAAUCAAAACCAAGAUCUCACUUCUGAGCCAGACCUGAGAACACUCCGAGAUCGCCGCCGCGACCUGGGACCAACAUCUGAAGAGGGAGAGGCAAACGAUGCAAUGUUCCACUCUGUUCGUCGCCGAAGCGUCACAGGCCCGCCACUUUCCAUUGACCUCGUUCAAUCUUCCCGGGCCAAUAGCAAAAACCGCUCCAAGACGGUGAGCUUUGCAGCCCCAGACGAAGACGGCGAUUCUGAUCGUUCUUCGAUAUGUCAAUCACCGGGAUGGGGUGAUCUUGGGUUCAGCAAAAAGAAGAAGAAGAAGGAAAAGGAAAAGGAACCCACCACACCGAAGCUUGCCGAAGAUAAGAAGACCAAGAGGAGGUCUAGACUUUCCAAGCUUGCACCACGCCGUUCAGCUGCGCAGCCGACAUCUCCAGUCCCUCCUUUGCCCCCAGUGCCCAAGGCACCAAGCUCUGCUGUAGGCGACGGCAAGACACAACCUACGAAGCCUGCCAUAACCCAACCGUCCGGUAUCCUGAAGGCGACCGAAAUGCUGAUCAAGUCGACACCGCUAAACCACACCUUCAACGAAAACUACACUACAUCGACGAAGUCUACCAUGAUGGCUGCAACAGUCCAGCAGGAGCAGCAGCAGCCACCGCCACCGCUGACAGUCCCCCACGUACCAUUCGACCAAGACCGAGGCUUUGUCGGAGGUAUCAGACUCGAGAGAGAAACCGAAGCAGCCUCACAGGUCUUGUCGCACUCGCGCAUUCGUUCAAGAAGCGGCUCACUAUCACUUUUCCCCAACGCUCGCCCGGUUAUCAACCCACCGCAGCGUGCGCCGAUGCAGAGAUCACAGUCCUCGGGCCCGGGCGUAGACGGUCACCAACACAGCACGAAUCCGGUGGCACAGAUCCCGAGAAGCGUCACUUUGACCGACAUAUCCAGUACAAGAAACCAGAGAGGCACUGCCGAAAGUAGGCAGACGCCUAGUCACGUCAUGUCCCCAACCCAGGUUGGGCACCCUGCAAGCCAAUCCAUGCUCUAUUCUACGGCCUCGAAGACUGCCGAUUUUUUCAAGGCACGCCAGGAAAAGAAUGAGCGUGAAUUGGCCAUGUCGGAUUCCUCAAGCUUGGCGCAAGUUGGCAAUGACAGUGUUGCCGGAAUCGGUACACAUUAUGCCGCCCAAAACUUUGAGUUUCCAAAAUCAGCGCAUAAUACGGGCGACGUCAAGCAGCAGCAGCUUCGGAAACAACCCCCACUGUAUGCCAUGCCCAACAACACGUUUUCGCCGCUCCAGGGGAGCCUUCAGUGGCAGCAGCAAUCACCAAUCCCAGGGACGGUCGGUUCUAUCUCAACCUCUGCAGAUUUCAGUGUUGGGAACAAAGGGCUUUCAGCUCCUCCACGCCAAGCAUAUGCCCAGUCAUAUCACAGUGGCUCCUCAUCCGCCGGUGAAGAUCACUCACCACACAAUGUCAAGACGGUGUAUCUGAACCACAUUGGGGCCUCAGAGUCACCUCCGCAUACCGGAACGGCACGGUCGUUUAAGGAGAAAGCCAUGGCCAUGCUGAGAUCGCCAACAACAGAAUCUGCUCCCGUCAUCACUGGUCCUUUUAACCCGCGCGGUAGCGGUCUCUCUUUCCAUGAUGCCGGCCCUGAGCCAGAGAUCUCUACAUCUGUGGAGCAGCUUGUCGCUGCGCCCUCACGCAGGGCUGGCCAGGCUUCAGGUGGCUCAUCAACCUCGUCUUUUGACGAAUCGUACAUAACCUCGCUAAACACCACCCCAGACAGCUCUAGGCCCCAGUCGGCCAAGGAGAUGCCUGCAAUAGUCAGUGAGAUGACAAACGUUCCGGGGCGCGGCAAGAUCGUGGUGAACGACAGUAGGACUCAUCGUCAUUCCCAGCAGGCCUCACUAGUGAUGAUGAAACAGCCAUCCCUUAGAAGCCGGCUAAAGAGAUCAUCCAGCACCUACUCGCAGGUUGACUCACCAUUCCACCUGGAGGCCAGUGCCAAGUACGAGUUUUCAAACGGAAAGCCGGUGCUUUCGACACCUGUGCCAAGCCAAAAGGGCGAGUCCUUUGUUAUUGACUUUUCGGAGCUGGUGGCAACCGGGGAUAAAGUCGAGGGCACAGAGCCCACGCAGGCCCUGGCCCAGACAAAUAGCCGAGACGACCAGCCAGACGCACGCGUGUGGCAUAAUAUCGCCAGCUCGGUCGACUCGGUCGAUUCUGAGCCUUCAGACCUAAGUAGGGCCACAUCCCAAGAGGAGUCGGAUGGGUCCUCCACUGCUGUCGACGUGUCUUUCUUGCCUCCUCUUAAACAUGAGCCCUUUAUUCCUCCCAAGUCGAGGGCGAGAAAGAGCAGGAUGCUAAGGAGGACAGAGAGCACAGACGACGACGAGUCCACAGUGCCAAGGAUUGCCAUAGCCGUGGAACACCCACAGUUGGCCACCGGUGCGGCGUAUCUUAGAGAAGCCAGAAAAUCCGUCCUCAUGCCUCCGUCGCUCAUCUCGAUGCCCCAAUCCAAGCCACCCAAGAUGCCGGCAAGAAUAUCACUCGCGCCCCCGAUCUCAAUGGUGGUUGCUAAGGCACCAAAGACACCCAAGCCCAUACUCGCCAACACAUCGGCCAACAGACUCUCAAACCAGACGGUCAUUAUCCCACCUGCCCUCCCGGCCGCCGAAAAGGUAGCCUCUGCUGGUGUAACGGUGUCGAGGCGGUCGCUGCUGCCACCGCCCUCGCCGUCCUCGACUGCAAACGCUGUAGCGAUCAAGAAGGCGGCACCACCGCCCGAGCUGCUCGGGCAAAAGGUAGCCAAGAUGCUGGUUGAGUGCUGCAGCUGCCAUUUCCUACACGACAUGCCCAGCCGUGUGUAUGAGUGCAUGGUGAGCCCGGAUGCAGUGGUCGAGGACCACGCCAUGGGUAUCAGCGGCGCUAUCACGACCAUGGUCAAGUGCCCUUGGUGCGCCCACAACAUGAGUACCAGCUGCUGCGCGGGAUAUGCUGCUGUCAUCCAUCUGACCGAGAGGAUGCACUAGAUGGGGCUUUUCUUUUUGUGGAGGAUAAUGCUCAAUGGUAUCCCUUCUCACUCGUUCUCGUUAUUUCGUCCUUUCUGUUUCGUUUGGCGCGUUUUAAAGAUGCGGCAACAAAAAGCCUGCUUGGGUUGGUCCGGCUCUCACUCUUUUCACGUCUUUUUUUCUGCGAUAUUUGGCCUUCGGCGGCGUUGCCUUCGCCCACUGUCUAUCAAUUGCGACGCUUGUCCUGUACUCGUAUCGCUUCCACUAAAUGUUCUUCAACGAUAUCUAAACAUCUCUCCUUUCCUUUCAACAUCAUUCAAGGUAUGUACUUAGCUAAUACUAAAAAGUGUCCACGAUGCGUUGAAACCUCUCAGAGCUGGGAUGGGUUCGCUAUAAAAGAUCAUGCUGUAAAUAGAACGCGUACAUAGGGCCUGUUUAUCGAAUGAACUUGAGUAAAGAAA